GCGCGCGCGGGCACGCAGAACCUCUUAAAGAGGCGAAGGCGGAUUUGUUUUUGCUCUUCACGUGAACGUAUGAAUGGGCCCGGGCGAUGGACCCGUGUCUGUACCAGACCCAGAGGCAACCAGGAUCCGUUGCCAUCAUCAAGGCUGCAUGGCUGUUCCCUGGAAAUGGGAUGCCAAUCCCAUUCAGGGGUUGUAAACGAGGACGCUCCGUUCCCCAGUGCUUCCGCCUCCUGCUGCUGCUGCCGCCUUGACCGCAAGUGAGCCGGAGAGGCGGGGGAAGAUGUCGGCCGUCACCUCGGCUGUUCCGGCUCCCCAAGGCCCAGUCAACCCCCCUCCGCCCGAGGUCACCAACUCUAGCAAGCCGGGGCGGAAGACCAACCAGCUGCAGUACAUGCAGAACGUGGUGGUGAAGACCCUGUGGAAGCACCAGUUCGCCUGGCCCUUCUACCAGCCGGUCGACGCCAUCAAACUGAAUUUACCGGAUUAUCACAAAAUAAUAAAAAACCCGAUGGACAUGGGGACGAUCAAGAAGAGGCUGGAGCACAACUACUAUUGGAGCGCCAGCGAGUGCAUGCAGGAUUUCAACACCAUGUUUACAAACUGUUACAUUUACAACAAGCCCACCGACGACAUCGUCCUCAUGGCCCAAGCCUUGGAGAAGAUCUUCCUGCAGAAGGUGGCCCAGAUGCCUCAGGAGGAGGUGGAGCUGCUUCCCCCGGUACCCAAAGGCAAGGCUCGGAAGACGGCCGGCGGCGCCCACAGCGCAGGAGCCCAGCACCUGGCAGCGACAGCGGUGUCCUCCGUGUCUCCCCCGGCCCCUUUCCAGAACGUCCCCGCCUCGGUAUCGCAGACCCCCGUCAUCGCCGUCACGCCCGUGCCAACCAUUACCGCAAAUGUCGCCCCCAUCGCUGCUCCCCCGGCGGCAGCAGCGCCCCCGCCUCCCCCGCCUCCCCCAGCUGCUCCCCUCAGGCCCGUCGUCCCUCCGACGCCACCGAUUGUCAAGAAAAAGGGGGUGAAGCGGAAAGCGGACACCACUACGCCCACCACGUCGGCCAUCACGGCCAGCCGGAGCGAGUCGCCCACGCCGCUGUCGGAGUCCAAGCAGGCCAAAGUCGUGGCCCGGCGGGAGAGCGGUGGCCGGCCCAUCAAGCCCCCCAAGAAGGACCUGGAGGACGGGGAGGUCCCUCAGCACGCUGGCAAGAAGGGCAAGCUCUCGGAGCACCUCAAGUACUGCGACAGCAUCCUCAAGGAGAUGCUGUCCAAGAAGCACGCAGCCUACGCCUGGCCCUUCUACAAGCCCGUCGACGCCGAGGCCCUGGAGCUGCACGACUAUCACGACAUCAUCAAGCACCCCAUGGACCUCAGCACUGUGAAAAAAAAAAUGGACGGCCGGGAAUAUCAAGAUGCCCAGGGUUUCGCGGCGGACAUUCGAUUAAUGUUCUCUAAUUGCUACAAGUACAACCCUCCUGACCACGAAGUGGUGGCCAUGGCCAGAAAGCUCCAGGACGUCUUCGAGAUGCGGUUCGCCAAGAUGCCGGACGAGCCGGCAGAACCCCCUCCCCCGCCUGCCCCGACCGCGCCGGUCGUGAGCAAAAGCACAGAGAGCAGCCACAGCAGCGAAGAGAGCUCGUCCGAUUCGGACAGUUCGGACUCGGAGGAGGAGAGGGCCACGCGGUUGGCGGAGCUGCAGGAGCAGGACGGUUCCCGAUUAUUGAGGCAGUGCUACACGGUCAAUGACUCCCGGGACUGGAAUGGAUGGAAUCUCAAGGCCGUCCACGAACAGCUGGCCGCCCUGUCGCAAGCGCCUGUGAACAAGCCAAAGAAGAAGAAGGAGAAGAAGGAGAAAGAGAAGAAGAAGAAGGACAAGGAGAAGGAGAGGGAGAAGGAGAAGCACAAGGCCAAAGCUGCCGCAGCUGCUGCCGCCGCCGCCGAAGAGGAGAAGAAGUCCAAGGCCGCCCAGCCGGCAAAGCAGGCCCAGCAGAAGAAGGCACCAGCCAAGAAGGCCAACAGCAGCACCGCCGCUGCGGGCAGGCAGCCGAAGAAGGCGGGGAAGCCGCCGUCCGCGGCCUACGACUCGGACGAGGAGGAGGAGGGGGGCUUGCCCAUGACCUACGACGAGAAGCGGCAGCUCAGCUUGGACAUCAACCGGCUCCCGGGGGAGAAGCUAGGCCGGGUGGUGCACAUCAUCCAGUCACGGGAGCCUUCGCUCAGGGACUCCAACCCGGACGAGAUCGAAAUCGAUUUCGAGACCUUGAAGCCCACCACGUUGCGGGAGCUGGAGAGAUACGUCAAGUCCUGCUUGCAGAAGAAGCAGCGGAAGCCGUUCUUCUCAGCCAUUGUGCGUUCCUCCCCCACAGCGGCAAGUGGGAAGAAGCCGGCCGCCAAGUCCAAGGAGGAGAUCGCUCAGGAGAAGAAGAAGGAGCUGGAGAAGCGGCUGCAGGACGUGAGCGGCCAGUUGAACAACAAGAAGCCCGCCAAGAAAGAAAAAUCCGGCUCCGCUCCUUCCGGAGGCCCGUCUCAUCUCACCAGUAGCAGCUCUUCUGAAUCUGGGACCAGCAGUUCCAGCGGAUCCAGUUCGGACAGUAGCGAUUCGGAAUAAAACGCUGGACUCUUUUAAUGCACCUGGACAGCAAACGGACGUCUCACCGACACCUGCCCCCCCCCCAAAGCUUUGGUUCAUCGUUUCGUAUCAUCAUCAUCAUCAUCAUCAUCAUCAUCGUUAUUUUUAACCAGUGGUCCUGCUCUCUUCUCUCGUGACCAGUUCUACGUUUCCGCCCCCUCCAGUCUUUUAAAAACUUUUUUAAAAAACAAAAAUUCAGUGUUAUAAAAAGAUCCCUUCCUAAAUUAAUUUCCUCCCCGCUUUUAUUAGGUCAAAGGUCUUUUGUGUGCGAGCGAGAGUGUCUUGAUGACUAGAUUUGACAACGAGUAAUUUCCUUCACUUAAAAGUCUCUAAACUUUGCUUUUUUAAAAGAA